UAUAAAGAAACUUGUUGGCCGAAUAGUCCCAGUAGCAGUCACACUUCCAUUCCGCCUUGAGUUCCUCUAGCAACACAAAUAUGUACAAACUCCUACUGCUUGUCAGCUUGGUGCCAGCUCUUGUGCUGGGAAUAACUCCAGUCCGCCAGUGUCCCAACGGAGCCGGUCUUCCGGCUACCGUAGAUAUCAACGGUUGCACGGCCCUUCCAUGUCCGAUUCAGAACAACUCCCCAAUCGUCGCCCACGGUUUGGAUAUUGUCAGCCCGGUAGACACUGCAACCUUAACCGCACACAUCAGCGUACGGCUGCUUGGACUGGAAAUCCCCUUCCCGAUUCCACCGGAACUGGUAGAUGCAUGCGCGGCUGGAGUCGAGCCCGGUACCUGUCCGGUAUCGGUUGGUCAGGUGUUCGACUACACCUUGGAUCAUCCCGGAAUGGAGCUGCCGGUAGUGGGUGUUACCGUACAGGUUGAGGUGGGUUUGACGGCCGACAACGGUGCUCACGUAACCUGUGUUGCCUUUGAUGCACAGAUAUUGCCAUAAGCUGCGCCACCCACUUGGAACAAUGUUUACGUAAUUUAUUGGAGGUGAAAUAAAGUUCUUUUUUUGUAUGCAA